GCCGUUGCUGCAUCCGUGGUGGGAAGCAGCAGUUCCCACUCGUGAAAUCACCCACCACUUUACCAUUCUUUCUCUCCGGCAGACCUACAACACCAAUGCCCAGGUACCCGACAGCGCGGGCACUGCCACCGCUUACUUAUGCGGCGUGAAGGCCAAUGAGGGCACCGUGGGGGUCAGUGCGGCCGUGACGCGGUCCCAAUGCAACACGACGGCCGGCAACGAAGUGACCUCCAUACUCAAGUGGGCGAAAGCCGCAGGUAAGACAGUCUGGGUGGAUUUGGGUCUCUUUGAGCCCAUCGACAUGAUGUACGAACUGAGCAGGAACAACCAAACCGAUCCUUCCUUGACCGAAAUGGUGAGGGUGGCGAUCCGGAUGCUGCAGAAGAACCCCCAUGGAUUCUUUCUCCUGGUGGAGGGGGGCAGGAUUGACCACGGGCACCACGAGGGGAAGGCCAAGCAGGCCCUCCACGAGACGGUGGAAAUGGACCGAGCCAUCGGCGAGGCUGGCAUCCUGACCUCUUCCGAAGACACCCUGACGGUGGUGACCGCGGACCACUCCCACGUCUUCACCUUCGGGGGCUACACAACCCGUGGCAACUCCAUUUUCGGGCUGGCCCCGAUGCAGAGCGACAUGGACAAGAAGCCCUUCACUUCCAUCCUGUACGGAAACGGACCCGGGUACAAAAUGGUAGCCGGAGAGAGAGAGAACGUCUCGGCGGUCAAUUUC